CGACGUACAGUACAUCCAUCUUCGCUCAUCAGACAUCACGAACGAAUUGCUGGUUUAUGAUAUCUCUGCUGCUCGGUGUUCAUCGGACGGUUAUCGUGAUCCUCGACCGCGUGUCUGGAUAGCCACGACAUGGACGAGUCAUGACGAGCCGCAUCGUGGGCCCCCCGGGAAGAGAGCCACUCCAGAGGUCCUUCUCUUCUUCAACGACUACCUUCUCGAGGCCGUCGCCCCAUCGCACAUUGUCACAGAAAUUCCCAUCAUCGUCGCCGACGAGGAGAACGAAUGAUGUCUUGAUUGACUUGACCGUGGAUGCGGAUGCAGCCGGGCGACAUGCGCCGAGGAUUGGGACAUCAAGACUGAGAUUGGAGGUCUCGACGGACUCAAAAAGUGCGCUGGUCGAGUCUCCCGCGCCUACAUCGGAUUCAACGUCAACAUGGAAGCCGUCUCUGCCAAUUCCUCCUCGAGGCCGUCCUGUGCUUCAUUUCGAUGUCCCGAGCGUCAGCAACCUCAGCCCACGCCCGUCGCAAGACGGAGGACAAGAUGAAUCGACGAUAAAGCCCAUGCCUCUCCCUGUCCGACCGAGACAGCAUGCUCCGCCGGCAUUAGGAAAGUCGCGGCAUCCAGCAGGAGCAUCAGUGAAGAAGGAUGUCCGUCCCAAGCCCUACGUUCUGGAAGUGCCAACCAUAGCACCGCACUAUCCCCCCAAUGGGCAUGCCGACUUCUUUCCAUGGACUGGGAACCACACCGAGGACCAGUUCUCGGAGCAUGUCAUUCGCCAUGGCUAUCUCGAUAAGGCACAGAUGACGCAAAACGAGACAGCAUCAGCGAGGUCGUCUAUAUUUCCAGCGCUCAAGCACAAGAGUGGUUUGCAGACCCUCUCCUCUCUACUCACGAAUGUCCUGGCACAGCGCAGGGCGCAUGGCCAGAUAACUUCGGCCUCGACCUUCAAACCUCCUCCGCGAGUGACCGUGACAGACACCAAGAGGGAGAUGUGGCUCAAGGACUUAGCAAACCCCACUAUAUCGUUACGGCGACUAAGCCGAUCUAUCCCCCACGGAAUCAGGGGGAAGGUUUUGUUGGAUCAAUCAUUAAGCAAGAAUAUUCCUAUUGAGCGUGCAGUCUGGCUGGCCAAAUGUGUUGGGGCGAACGAAUUGAGAUCAUUUAGAAGAAAGGGUGCGAGCGGAACUUUCGCGAUGGGUGGAGAAGCAAAGUGGAUUCGGGACUUCACGGUUUGUGUGGAACAAUUCAUCGAGAGCAUCGCUGGAACGUGUGGCGAAAAGGAUUUCAGAGUGAGAAUAGAUUAUGCCAUACGAUUAGCAACACAUUUCCACGCGGAACAUUUGCUUGACCGGGACCAUUACAUGGACUGGCUCGUCUCAUCUGUCGAGAAUAGUCCUCAAGCAAAACUACCAAUGUGGUUGUUGAUAACCGAGAUCUAUUGGAAAGAUAUAUUGCAGUAUCGGAAGUAUGGACGUCGACUAGCGACUGCCCUGAUGAACCAAUUGACCGAGACUCUCAACCAUCCUGACCACGAUAUCUUGGCUCCAUUGUCUGACCGCCUUGUCGUUCUAUUGGAUGGAAUGAUGGUCUCCAACCCAGAGAGUUUCAUAGCGCCCAAAUCCUGGCUCAAGUAUCGAGACGCUCUGAUGUCCAGCUUGUCAGGAAAAUCUAAUAGCCUUUCCACUGUCCUCCUGGAAAUUGAUCGCCGGAACAACCGACUUGCGGCUUCGAGUGCCAAGAAAGAGCUCAAUUCCCGUCGUCGUUUCAUCAAACUCCUGGAUCGGACGCUUUCGCAUCCAUUCAGUCACGAGCUGGCACGACAGUGGUGGCAAACGGAUGAGGACAAAGACAUGCUCAUGCAAACAGUCUUGGAAUGGGCUUCUUCAUUUCAUCGACCCGGUGUAGCCAAGAUCUACGUUGCCACUCGUCUUCUCAGAACCUGGAGCCACUUUGGUGCCGAUGUCACUGCCGCGAUUCUGCAUUUUAUUGACUCUGCAACUUACGAGUCCGGUCGCAACAGAAAUGCCCUCUAUCAUCUGGUCUCGGAAUUGGCACGCUCUGAGCAUUUUUCAACGCCCCGAUAUCUACAAUGGCUGAUUGCUCGGGGUGGCCUCCAUGAUGAGGCUGAUGUAGUGCCCAGUGCACCUUGCUCCACACGACUCUUAGCCGAGUUACCAACGCACAACCUUAGUGAAGGUAUCUUGGAGCUUCGCAUGACACUACUCACUCGAGCCAAUUUCUCGGUGGACGAGGAGGAGGAGCAGGUUAGAGAGUACAUGGCCAUCAUUAAUGUCGAUCUUCCGGGCAUGCAAACGCAUGUGGAUCAAGAUCUCGACUCGAUCGAUAUCCCACCAUUUGCGCAUCGAAUCCCACUCAUUAGUACUGCAAGUCGAACAAGCAAGUCUGAGUUGGGACUCUGGCUUCGGCAAAAAGUCCGGAUUCAGAUGAUACAACCUACAAUACCACCUUUAGACGAUUGGGAUGAUUGCCCAAUGAAGAGAGGGACGUCUGCAAUUACCGCGUCGGAAUUCGGCACGAUCAGGCAGUAUCUCGAGCUCAUUAAUGAUUAUUCUAUGCUCGCUGAUGUCAUGAUGAUCGUUGCAAGUUCGAAUGACCCUGAAGUCUUAGCAUCCUGUGCAGACACUCUUGAUCUACACCUGGAGACCUUUGCUGCAAUCGGAGCCCUCAAAGGACUCUUCGACAAUUUAAUUUCCCGGCUCCGAACUUUAUCUAAAGAGACGGACUCGAUUCCGAGAGGGUUUCUAGUGUCCGUUGCUGAGUUAGCUGCACGACUCCCAGAACAAGAGCUAACUGCACAACACCUUGCGCAAGACCUACUUAGAAGUGACAGAAAAACUGCAGCCGAUGCUUGUUCCCCGGUUUCAGACCACAUGGCGAUUGUGGAGACCGCCGAAGUCGACUUCACGGACGAGAUUGAGAAAGUCUUAGCAAGCGGCAACAGUAUGGACCAGGGAACUUUAGAUCGCUUGUUCCACAGGAUUAUUCUGCGCUCAGAAGAAUCAUGGGAGAAAUCGCCUGAACAGCAGAGGAGCUGUGGUUUACUCCUCACUAGACUUAGGACUUUCGACUCUAAACACUUCGAUGUUCUAAUGGCUGCGUGGGUGACGCGCUUACUUCAGACAAAAGCUCGUCCAGCCCUUACGAAGGUCUUGAGUCCUCUCAUCAGUUUUGGGUGCCUUAUACUUCGAGAUGUCGUUCUCAGUUACAAUCUCCUAGUAGAUACUCCGGAUAACCAAGGUGCAGCCCUGGAAAUGCUUGCUCUCCUCAUGGAACCUUGCCUCAUGCCCGACAUCAUCACUAAACAAGAAGCAUACCGUCUACGUCUCAAACAAUCUCACAUGCUCAAAGACUACCCAAGAGAAACAUUACUUAUCAUUCGGAAGGCUUUCGAAAGCUGUCCUUCUGAUGACAAUUCUCCUCAACACCUACACGCAACGGAACUGCAAUCGUUACUUGAUAGUUCCCCCAUGUGCGAAGUGUUGGGAACUCUAGUUCUGGCUGAUCCCGAUGUUUUCGUGCAGGAGCUCGUACUACCACUGCUUCAAUGCGGCAUGACAAAGCCUACCGCAAGCAUCAAUGCGGUAAUUGACUACAUGUUGGUCGGUAGGGAUGGACCAAACCAGGUCACCACUGAAGUGCUUCUCAAUUCAGCAAAUGAUUUAUCCCUACCCUUCUGUCAAAUCAAGCUGGCAUCAGUACUGAGAGAGGAAGAUACCGUGAUGCAAGACGGAGAUGCUGGCCGAUCAGAGCGUCUCGACGCCUUUGAUAAAGCCAUAAAGUCUGCUGUCGAUAACGGAAAUACCGCUUGGGCUAGUAUCGUCCCGCUACUUGAUAGGUCCGUUGCACAGCAUCUGCAACAGCGAGCCGAACAACAAUUUCUCGCCUUGUUCCCUUCUCCAAAAACAUUGAACGUUGAGCAUCUUCCUGAUAUCCAAGACCGCGUGGUUCAAGCGCGAAAUGUGCUACGAAUCAUCAAUACAACAGCAUGUAUUGGAUCAACAAUCUCCUCGUCGGCUAUCCCUGAAUAUCCCAGCCUUGGCCCCGAUAUCGUUGCUGCAUGCAAUGGCCUCUGGCUUGUCCUAAGUAAUUCUUAUCCCCAAGAACUAAAGGAUUGUAUAAUUACCCAUUGGCUUCCGAUGCUUCUAUCCUUCAUUAUUCUGCAUGAGUCUGCCUUCGAUACGACGAAAUCAGGACAUGAAAGCCGCGCAAAGACAAUUUUGUCGUUGGUCGCAAUAUAUCUCCAGCUCCAAGUCCUAGACGUCGACAUCGAAGUAGCCAAUGAGCUCAUGAAACAAACUUUUGAUCUGUCUUUAUCUCUUGUGGAUCUUCUACCCGAGGACAUGCGUCAACAAUGUAUCCGCAGUUUGCGCGAUACUGUGUGCAGUCCCAGUGUAUCUUACAUGUUGAGCUACUGCGCAAAUCCAAGUGAGUGGUUGGUCAUGGUUCAAAAGGAGCGUGUUCCUGCGCGCUCGGGCGCUAGUGCCGAUUCAAGACCAGUGGAAAAGGAGAAACUAACGCCAUUCUCGCUGCGGAGGUGGGAGAAUCUGGGCGAGCCAACACCCAAUGUUGGAGAGAAUGAUACGAGCCUGAGCUUGACACUCUUUGGGGCAAGACGAGGCUGAUCUAGGUAGCAGGGAGCAUAUACUUUCUUUUGUUUUGAUCACAAUUUCGAGCAUGUAUGUAUCUAGGUCGGGCAUCGAGCAUGAGCGUUCUGGAUGUUUACGAUAAGACGAUGGAUGACUUAAGGACAUGAUAGUAUCACUAUAGCAUAUUCGUUCAAGUCCUAGGAGCGAAUUAUUGAAUGUGAUCCGAGUAAUCUCCAAGAUGAG